AUGAACAAAAUUGUGCCUUAUUUGUUGUCUGCCAUUGCUGUGAUGGCCUUAUUUGCCUUACAAUGCGAAGCAAUGAUCUUGGGAUUGAAGGGAGGAGCUUGCUACCAACAAUAUGACUAUCCUCUUUUCAAGCAAUGCGGACAAUCAUGGUCCAAUGAUGUAAUCGCCACCGAUACCCUUUGCAAAAGUGGAUGCGCCAUCACCUCAAUGACAAUGGCCUUAGACGGAAGAGGCUUAGCUUCAUUCAAUCCAGGACAAUUCUUGACUUGGCUCAAGAAGAAUGGUGGACUGUCCGGAAAUCUCUUUGUCUGGGGGUCUGUGAGACCAUUCGGACUUAGCUACAGCGGAAAGGUUAGCUCUACCAGUUCUAUUAUCAGUAGUGUUUGUGGUGGUUCUGUAGUCUUAUUGAAUGUCAGAAAUGGAGGUCAUUGGGUCCUUGCAACUGGCUAUGAUGGAUCUUCAUUCACCGUCAAUGAUCCUGGUUACUCUCGUUCCACCUACUCUCCUUCUGAAGUGACUCAAGCUGCAAUUUAUAAUUAA